AUGAUCGCAUUAGCUGUUUCAUCGUCUGGUAAUAUUCCGAUUGCUUCAUUUCACCGGAAUUUUAGAUCCAGCAAAGCUCCAUGGAGCUUCAGAUUACAUUCACGAAACCUUAAGACUAAGAUAGCAGUUUCACCUUCGUCUUCUUCUUCUUCUACUGCUUCCUCUGAGUUUGAUUUGAGUGCUCUCGAAUCCGCCAUUGACAAGAAAGAUAGUAAUGGAGUUAAGGAAGCUCUGGAUCGGUUGAGUGAACAAGGUUGGGCUAAGAAAUGGAGCUCCCAGCCUUACCUUUCGCGCCGUACGACAUCGCUCCGGGAGCUAACAACUCUCGGAAUCAAGAACGCAGAGACUCUCGCCAUCCCUAGUGUCAGGAACGAUGCGGCUUUUCUUUUCACAGUAGUCGGAACAACCGGGUUCAUAGCUGUAAUUGCCGGCCAACUUCCCGGAGAUUGGGGAUUCUUUGUGCCUUACUUAGUUGGGAGCAUUUCAUUGGUAGUUUUAGCUGUGGGAAGCGUUUCACCAGGGUUACUUCAAGCUGCUAUAUCUAGCUUUUCGACAUUCUUCCCUGAUUAUCAAGAACGUAUUGCCGGACAUGAAGCAGCUCACUUCUUAGUGGCUUAUCUAAUCGGACUUCCAAUCUUCGGGUACUCGUUAGACAUCGGUAAAGAACACGUCAAUCUCAUUGAUGAGAGACUAGCUAAACUUAUAUACAGCGGCCAGCUUGACUCCAAGGAGCUUGAUAGGUUAGCUGCUGUUGCAAUGGCUGGACUUGCCGCCGAGGGUCUCAAGUACGACAAAGUCAUCGGCCAAUCUGCGGAUUUGUUCUCUCUUCAGAGAUUCAUAAACAGAAGCCAACCCAAAAUUAGCAAUGACCAGCAGCAAAAUCUAACCAGAUGGGCUGUUCUGUACUCUGCUUCGCUUCUGAAGAACAACAAGACCAUACAUGAAGCUCUAAUGGCUGCAAUGUCCAACAAAGCAGGUGUUCUUGAAUGCAUCAAGACCAUUGAGACAGCUUCCUAG